GCCAACUGAAAUCGUCGACACUGCGUCCCCGUACCCAAGUGGAUCCCGUUCAGGAUGAGGGCCUGACCGGGAUCGGGACUAGGGGGCAGGCCAGGAUCAGGACAUGGGACUUGGUGGACAUGGACUUGGGUGCAAGUGCACAUUGCACUUCCAUUGCAGGAGCAUCUUGGUGUCUGUCCGGCUCUGUCUCUUGUCUAUCUGGCGCCUUGCAGUGCCAUCUGUGCUCUCUCUCUCUCUCUCUGUCUAUCUCAAUCUUGACUUUUCUCUCUCUCUCCACGGAGUGUCAACCUGUCGAAUCCCACACCCCUCCCCCCCUGGCUACCUAAUUGGAGCCCCCCCCCCAUUCAGAGGUUACUUUGUACUUCGUACCCCCCGUCCCUUUAUAUAUAUACUCCUCUGCCCUCCCACCUCACACCCCUAGGUGCUUCUUGCUCUUUCUUUUGCUUCACCAAACGAGUAACUCUGCUUUACCCCUACUUCAGAAUAUCUUCUCAAUUCCCAAGCCCAUCAGGCCUGGACACUUACACCACCAAACUACC